UAUACGAUUACAACGGAAUAAUCUCAGGAAGAGUAAGCAGAGCGUUUGAUAUUGUUGUCUGUCCUCACUUUUUUUAAUGUUAUUUAAGUAAAUAAUUUCGACAUGUCUAAUGUACCUCUAGAAUUAAGGAAACAACUCUUUAGGUCGCCUAGUGUUGAAGGUGAAAGAGUGUCUGAUGGCAAUUCUGCACUGAUGUUUAAACUACAAAUUGAACAUGAUCUGGAACUCUCCUACCAAGGACUUCAAAAAGAUCUCCAUGAACAACGGAUGAAAAAUUUACGUCAAAAGGCAAAAUCUUUGGCUGAAAAUGACUGGCAGUAUCCAGCUAUAGAGAAUCUGAUUGGGCUUAAUUGAGGAUGUAUUUUGAUUAUAAUAUUUUAACUAAUAAAAGUCUUCUAUUGAA